AGUUUAAACUGAUAAUCAUCAUAAUAUUUUCUGCUAUUUUGAGCUGUUGUGUUGUAACCAAGAUCCCACAAUGGAUCGGGCGAGUCAAGAUAUGCAAAUCACUCUGUGGUAGCCUGGUUUCUUCAUACAUUUCAAUUCUUCCAGAGAGUUUUUCCUCAAUGUGCACGCUCAGUGGGUGGGUGAGGAUAGACCUUAGCCUUUUGAAGUGCCUUGGGGCAACUAUCUUGUGAUUUGGCACAAUAUAAAUAAAUUGAGUUGAAUUGUUUUAAUUCCAGUUGUAAUGGUGGUCCUUGGAAAGCCAAAUAUUUUUUUUAACAUAGUACUUAUUGUAAGAAGAUUGAGAACCACUUGUUUAAAUAAAUCACUUCUCAUUUUUCUGGUCAAACACAUUUUGGCUUAUUGUUAAAGAAAUUCAUGGAGUUCAUUUCAAGCUUCAUGUGUUUUCAACCACACGUGGUCAGUACAUCCAUCAGUCAUCCAGUAGGUGGCAGGCGGGUCUGUAGGUUGGUGGACGCGCAAAACAAAGUUGGUUUUUCCGUUGACGUGGUGCAUCAAAUGUCACCAAACAUUAAUCAGUUCAUCCUCAUUAUGUACCGUUUUUAAUUUGGCAAGUUUUAAAACGAUGACAUCUUUUGUUUUUGUGUUUUUGUUUUGUUUUUUUGGACUGAGAUACCUGAGCAGUUACAAUGAGUCGGCACCGUGCAGAUUCUCAGGAUUCCCUGGAGCCUGAUGAUGAGGUCGUGCCAUACAGUGAUGAUGAGACUGAUGACGACUUGGACGAGAGUUCCGAACCGGAAGCAGAAGCACCAACAAGUGUGCCACAGCAGCCGGUGGAGGCUAGACCCAGUGAGAUGAACUGGAAGGUGAAGGCCAACGACAGAGCGUAUCAUCAGCUGCCAGAGUUUGAGAAAAAAGUUUUUCUGUGCAUCAAGAAGAAUCGAUAUUCUGGAAAUGCCAUCAAAACAUACAAGUACAACUUCUUUACCUUCCUGCCUCUGAACCUGUACGAGCAGUUCAAGAGAGCUGCCAAUCUCUACUUCCUGGCCCUCCUCAUUUUACAGAUUAUUCCAGAAAUUACCACGCUGCCGUGGUACACCACACUGAUUCCACUGGUGGUCGUGCUGUCAAUCACUGCCAUCAAAGAUCUGGUGGAUGAUCUGGCUCGUCACCGGAUGGAUAAAGAGAUCAACAACAGAAAGUGUGAGGUUCUGCUGGACGGCAGGUUUCAAGAGUCCAAGUGGAGACACAUCCAGGUUGGCGACGUGGUUCGUCUGAAGAAAAAUGACUUUGUGCCGGCUGACAUCUUGCUGCUCUCCAGCACCAACCCCAACAGUCUGUCUUACGUUGAAACAGCCGAGCUUGACGGGGAGACCAAUCUGAAGUUUAAGAUGGGACUUCGAGUUACUCAUGAGCGAUUGCAGCAGGAACAACAACUGGCCAACUUUAACGCUCUUAUCGAAUGCGAGGAGCCGAACAACCGUCUGGAUAAAUUCACAGGGACAAUGUUGUGGGACAGUGAACGCUACCCUCUGGAUGUGGACAAUAUGCUUCUCCGAGGCUGUAAAGUCCGAAAUACGGAGGAGUGCAGUGGCCUGGUCAUCUUCGCAGGGGCUGAUACUAAAAUCAUGAGGAACGGUGGAAAGACUAGAUUCAAAAGGACCAAAAUUGAUGAGCUGAUGAACUACAUGGUUUAUACUAUCUUUGCGCUACUGAUCCUGAUUGCAGCUGGUCUGGCCAUCGGUCACAGCUUCUGGUACAAGGAAAUCGGUUCCAAGGCCUGGUACCUGUAUGACGGUAAAAACCAGACAGCGGCAUACAGGGGGUUCCUCGGCUUCUGGGGCUACAUCAUCGUCCUCAAUACCAUGGUUCCCAUUUCUCUAUACGUCAGUGUGGAGGUGAUCCGCCUGGGUCAGAGUAAGUUCAUCAACUGGGAUCUGCAGAUGUACUUUCCAGAGAAAGACACUCCAGCCAAGGCUCGGACCACAACCCUGAAUGAGCAGCUUGGUCAAAUUGAGUACAUUUUCUCAGACAAGACGGGAACUCUGACGCAGAACAUCAUGCAGUUCAAGAAGUGUAACAUCGCUGGACGCAACUAUGGUGAUGCAACCACUGCUGAGGGAGUGUCCCUGGACAGAGGACGGCCGGUGGACUUCAGCUGGAACCGGUUUGCUGACAAGAAGUUCCAGUUCAUGGACCACUCCCUGGUUUCUUGCAUCAGGUCCAAGAAGGACAAAAACGCUCUGGAGUUUUUCAAGCUGCUCUCCCUCUGCCACACCGUCAUGGUGGAAGACAAAGAAGGCGAGUUGGUGUACCAGGCGGCAUCUCCUGAUGAGGGCGCUCUGGUGACAGCGGCCAGGAACUUCGGCUUCGUGUUUAAGUCUCGCACACAAGACACCAUCACCAUUUGGGAGAUGGACCAAGAAUCAACCUAUGAGAUGUUGGCUCUGCUCGACUUCAAUUCUGACCGCAAGCGCAUGUCCAUCAUCUUGAAGUUUCCAGAUGGUCGUAUUCGUCUGUACUGUAAAGGAGCUGACACAGUCAUCUACGAACGGCUUUCACCAAACUCGCGACACAAGGAGACGACCCAGGCAGCUCUGGAUGUUUUCGCCAAUGAGACAUUGCGUACGCUGUGUUUGUGUUACAAAGACAUCAGCGCGCAGGAGUACAGUGUCUGGUCCAGUAAACAUAAAGAAGCCCAAGUGGCCAUGGUUGACCGUGAUGCCGCCCUUGACAGUGUGUACGAGCAGAUCGAGAACAACCUGAUGCUCAUUGGUGCGACGGCUAUCGAAGACAAACUGCAGGAUGGUGUGCCAGAGACUAUUUCUAAACUGGCCAAAGCUGACAUCAAGAUCUGGGUCCUGACUGGAGAUAAGAAAGAAACGGCAGAGAAUAUCGGAUAUUCUUGUUCACUUCUGAAAGAUGACAUGCAGAUCCACUAUGGUGAAGAAGUCAACGAGAAGCUGAAGCUUCGUCAAGUCAACAGGAGAAAUGCACCUCAAACUCUGAGCCAAGCCAAAAAGAAACCUGGAGAACCGUUUUUCCCUGUAGCGGGAAAAAACGCUCUCAUCAUCACCGGUGGUUGGCUGAAUGAGAUUCUGUAUGAGAAGAAGAAGAAACGUCGCCGCCUGAAGCUCCGCCGCCUGGGAAAGCGAACGGCUCCCAGCGUCCCUCAGGAUGGACAGCCGAUGAAUGACUUGGAGAAAGAGUUGAGACAGAUUGACUUUGUGAACAUGGCAUGCGAGUGCGAGGCGGUCAUCUGCUGCCGCGUCACCCCCAAGCAGAAGGCUAAUGUUGUCACGUUGGUGAAGAAGUACAAAAAGGCCGUGACGCUGUCCAUCGGAGACGGCGCCAAUGAUGUCAACAUGAUCAAAACUGCAGAUAUUGGUGUCGGUAUCAGCGGUCAAGAGGGGAUGCAGGCAGUUAUGUCCAGUGACUAUGCUUUUGCCCAAUUUCGUUACCUACAGCGCCUCCUGCUGGUGCAUGGACGCUGGUCUUACAUCAGAAUGUGCAAAUUUCUGCGAUACUUCUUCUAUAAGAACUUUGCCUUCACAUUGGUGCACUUCUGGUACGCCUUCUUCAGUGGAUACUCUGGACAGAUCGCCUAUGAAGACUGGUUCAUUACGCUCUACAAUCUGUGUUACAGCAGCUUACCUGUUCUACUCGUUGGACUUCUUGACCAGGAUGUUAAUGACAAACUCAGCCUGAAAUUCCCGAAACUCUACCUGCCGGGCCAGACAGGGUCUUACUUCAACUACCGGAACUUCUUCCUCAGUCUGUUCCACGGCAUCUUCACGUCAGUCAUCAUCUUCUUCAUCCCCUAUGGAGCUUUUCUGCAGACCAUGGGACAGGAUGGCGAGGCUCCAUCUGACUACCAGUCACUGGCGGUCGUGACGGCAUCCUCGCUCAUUUUUACCGUCAACUUGCAGAUCUCUCUGGAUACAUCCUAUUGGACAUUUGUCAACUGCUUUGCUGUUUUGGGGAGCAUCGCCAUCUAUUUUGGCAUCAUGUUUGACCUCCACAGCGCCGGAAUCCACGUGCUCUUCCCCUCAGUGUUCACCUUUACCGGUGCAGCGUCUAACGCCCUGCGUCAGCCGUACCUGUGGUUGACUAUCAUCCUGACUGUGGGCAUCAGUUUGUUACCAGUCAUCUGCAUCCAGUUCCUCCAUCACACCAUCUGGCCCUCUGUCGGAGACAAGGUGCAGAGAAACCGGAAGAAGUAUGAGCGGGAACUGCAGGAGGAAGAGGAGAAGAAAAAGCAGCCAGUCUUCGAACGUGGCCGCCGUUCCCGCCGCUCUGCCUACGCUUUCUCUCACUCACCUGGCUACGCCAAUCUCAUCGCGUCUGGGCGGAGUAUCCGGCGACGCCCGGCUAACCGUAGUGGAGUACAGGACACCAGCUGAGAGAAUCCAGCCAAAUGAGCGGAAAACAUCUGAUGGCGAUGGAGACAAUGCAAGAGGUUUGGUUGAUGGAGCAGCUGCAGAAAGCGAUGGCACAAAAACUGAACCCUGUUUUCUGGGGAAUCCAUGUGCCUGAAGAUAUGCAUGCCAUCUGUGCAGAAAGUCAAAUGAAGUGCUGGUGGAGCCAUCUCUGGCCUCCAUAGUGUCCCCUAUGUACAGACAGUUAAACUGAAAACGAAAAGCUCACCAUGACCGUUCUUCUGUGGUUUAAUGUCACACUGUAUGAAUUAAACUCAGGAUUUUUAAAGGGAAGCUUUAUUUAACCUCACCGCCUGUAGGUGGAGCAGUAACACUAUUUAAUGCCACACUUUUUGACUUUCAAACUUUUAAGCCCAAUGUUUGUUUAGCACUUGCUGCCAUUUUAUUAAAAUAAAGACAUUCAGUAUAUUUGCCGGUUAGCUUUAAUCUGCUGUUAUCUUAAGUUUUUAUGUCUGAACAUUUUCCCUUUCAGGCUAAAUGUAAACAUGUCGCGUUGCAUGCUUUUAUCCUUUUAAUAUGCAUAAUGUUACAAUGUGUUGUAUGGGAGUCACCUGUUAUAGCAUUUUUCUUUAUAUAAAAAUAGAAUAUUUUUUCCUUAAAUCGUGCUUACAGGUGGGUGUAAUAUUCAUAGAAUUAAGGGACGUCACUUUUAUUUCAGCCUUAAGAUCUUCUACAUGCUGGAUCCUGAUCUUUGUUACUUCACUUUUUUUUUUUUUUGACUUGUUUUAUGUUUCUUAAACCAAGCUUACAUUCUGAAAAGGUUUUUGUUUGUUUUUUUUUUUCUGUUGUCUUUCCAUAACCUUUCCAGAACACAAAUGAGUGCUUCCUAAUGAAUGGAACAGGGAGUGCUUGAUUUAUGUUAUAAUUUUAUUUCCGUUUCAAUGUUUGUUGUCUAAAUAUGAGAAUUUUUUUUUAUUUUUGGAAUGCAUUUCUGUAGUGGUUUACGCCAAUUCCAAAGAGGCCUCGUUUGCUUUUCUUGGUUGUCUACUCAGUUUUGUUACCAGGCAAGCUGCAAAGCCAAAGUGACAACGUCCCAUUCCGACUGUUACUGUAUGCAGAUGAUGUGGUGGUGUUCUGAAUGCUGCUGAUUUCUGCUGUACUUGUUUUAUUUUGUGGUUAUAAAUAAAAGCAAAGGGCUCAUUUCGUAAUCUUAA